AUGUCGUCUUCACUGACCACGAAGCCACGUUCGCAGCGCUUUCACCGCAAGGUCGAGUUCAAGGUUAUAGUGUUUGCCACCGUAAUCAGCGUCUUCUUUACGUACGUGUCCAUGGAAGUGCUGAUCGUCUCAAACCAGCCGGACACCGUCGAUGUCCAGCGCCCCUGCCUGAGCUCGAUGCCGGUUAACUACGCUGUACCUCCGGCUGUCCUUGACGCCACCGGAUUCACGGAAUUGUACCUCUGGGGCGGCUUAAAGCGGCGGCGGUGCCGACGCACCGUCAUCAACCUGCUUCUCUUCCACAACGAGGUUGACUUGCUCGAGGUACGUCUGCAAGAGCUGGGGAACUCCGUGGACCACUUCGUCGUGCUCGAGAGCACGAGAAACUUCCGGAUGCGAGGGCGAGACCUGCUGCUUCAGUCUCUGCUCAACACGUCCCGGUUUCAGCAGUUCCGCGAUCGAAUCGUCAUCGGCUAUAACGCGGAAUAUCCCGCCUUCCCAAAGGACGCCGAACCUCGAGCCAUCCGCAUGGCUCUUCAUCGCAUUUUCAUAGACGAAUUGAUGGCUACCUUCACCAGUUCGCUUUCGCGCCUUGACGAGGAUGCCUGGAUCCUGCUCACUAGCGCCGACGAGAUACCCAGCGCGUCGGUCGUCGACUUUCUGAGCCACCACGACGGAAUACCCGACGUCGUCGCUUUCAGGUACGCCAAGAGCGUCUACAGCUUCCGAGUGCCGCACGUGCAGAAUACUUCGACGGAGAGGGCGGCUUGUACGUGGAAGUUCCUCCGCGACGACUUGGCAACCUCGCUGGACGCACUUCGGUUCGAUUCUGCGGCGACAGUGGCGCAGCCGUGGAUUGUGGGAACGCGUGAGCAACCGGCUGGAUGGCACUGCUCCUGGUGCCUCGGCCCAGCUGGAGUUGUGGACAAGAUAGCCAGCGAGCCCGAUUCCGUCAGCCACUCCGUCAACGGAUCGUACGCUGUCCAGCGAUUGAUGAGAACGGGACGCCUCUUCAACGGCAAACUGGUGGCCAGUCCAGAGCCUGAUGUUUCACGCUUAGGCCUGCCGGCCUUUGUCCAAGAAAACCCGGGGAGAUUUAAGAACAUACUGUUUCCCAUGUGGUCAAAGAAAUGA